AUGGCAGAGGUAAUGGUCUUGUUUCUCACUCUCUGCUUCCAGUUGCUAGCCCUGCCUCUAUAUGUGCUAUCAUAUUUGGGGAUAUGGGAGCCCUUCUGCAAAAAGAUUUUCUUCCCCUUUUUCCUGGAGCAAUUUACUGCCAGCUACAAUCGGAAAGUGUUAAGACAGAAACAGGACUUGUUCCGCAACAUGAUGGACUUUGCGGAUCCUUCAGGGAAACUGACAGUGCUGGAGAUAGGCACUGGGACUGGCUCCAACUUCCAGUUCUUUCCAGCCAACUGCAGAGUCAUCUGUACGGACCCCAAUCCCCAUUUUCAGAAGGGACUAGCUAAAAGCAUUGCCCAGAAUCAGCAUCUUCAAUAUGAGCAGUUCAUAAUGACUUCAGCAGAGGACUUGGGCCAGGUAGCUAAUGCCUCGGUGGAUGUCGUGGUUUCUACGUUGGUCCUGUGCUCAGUGAAGAAUGUUGAAGCAGUUUUGAGAGAAGUCAACAGAGUGCUCAAGUCGGGUGGAGCUUUUUAUUUCCUGGAACAUGUCGCUGCAGAUCGUUCAAGCUGGGGCUUCUUUUGGCAGCAAGUCUACUCUCCACCAUGGAAACUCUUAUUCGAUGGCUGCUUCCUAACAAGAGAGACCUCGGCGGACAUUGAAAAGGCAAACUUCUCAGAAAUAAAGCUGCAACACAUACAUGUCCCUUUACCGUGGACGCCUGUUCGACCACAUAUAAUUGGUUAUGCUGUGAAAUAACUAUCUGUGCAGAACCAAUCCUAUACAUGUUUACUAGAAGUAAGUC